AGAGACACCCACAAACGCACUCGGGUUUGUCGCUGAGAGCAGUUGUCCACACACGCUUUACCUUUGUUUACCAGAUUUGUCAACACCUCGUUAGCUUCUGCUUUCUGAAGCCCAAAAGAUGGUUCUUUCCGAAUCUUCAAUUCUCUAUGUAUCUUCUUCAUGUUUUUGUAGUGUUUCCUUAAAGCUGCUAUAGCCCUUGCAACUUUGUGGUGGAACGUUGAUUUCUUCUAAAGACCCAGUUUAGAUUCUGUGUGAUUGCUGAAAAAAGGUUUCUUUUGCUGCUAUACGUUAAUAAAUUCUUGAGAUCCGGGUUGUAUUUUUAAAAAUUCUAGGGACCCAGUCGGAGUUUCCUUCAAAUAAUUGAAAUUCAUAUUUGAGAUUUCAUGUAUACCAUGCUCAAGACCCACAAUAAGCUUGAGUUUCUGCACCCCCUUCAUGGGUUUGCAGAAAAAUUGGGUAAUUUGAGCUCUUCAAAGCCCCAAAACCGAGAGCUUACCUUUGUUCACAAGAGAUCUCAUCCGAGAUUGUCUAGGAAUGGUUGUGUUAAGGCCAGUAGUGGUGCCCUUCUUGAGCUUGUUCCUGAAACCAAGAAGGAAAAUCUUGAUUUUGAGCUUCCCAUGUAUGACCCCUCGAAGGGCCUUGUGGUGGACUUGGCGGUUGUGGGUGGUGGUCCCGCGGGACUUGCAGUUGCACAACAAGUUUCAGAGGCAGGGCUUUCAGUUUGCUCGAUUGACCCAUCUCCCAAGUUGAUAUGGCCCAACAAUUAUGGUGUUUGGGUCGAUGAGUUUGAGGCCUUGGAUUUGCUAGAUUGUCUUGACACCACCUGGUCUGGUGCUACUGUCUUCGUUGAUGAGCAGUCAACUAAAAAUCUUGAUAGACCUUAUGGGAGGGUAAACAGGAAGCAACUGAAAUCGAAAAUGAUGCAAAAAUGCAUAUUAAAUGGUGUUAAGUUUCAUCAAGCUAAAGUAUCAAAAGUUAUUCACGAGGAGUCCAAAUCUCUAUUGAUUUGCAAUGAUGGUGUCACUAUUCAGGCUUCCGUAGUUCUUGAUGCAACCGGCUUUACUAGAUGUCUUGUUCAGUAUGAUAAGCCCUACAACCCGGGAUACCAAGUGGCUUAUGGAAUUUUGGCCGAAGUAGAGGAACAUCCAUUUGAUGUAGAUAAGAUGGUUUUCAUGGAUUGGAGAGAUUCCCAUCUUAACAACAAUAGGGUACUAAAAGAGAGAAACAGCAGGAUCCCCACAUUUCUUUAUGCAAUGCCCUUUUCUUCUGAAAGGAUAUUUCUUGAAGAAACUUCCCUUGUAGCUCGGCCUGGAGUACCUAUGAAGGAUAUUCAGGAAAGAAUGGUGGCCCGAUUAAAUCACUUAGGGAUAAAAGUGAAAAGCAUUGAAGAGGAUGAACAUUGUGUGAUUCCAAUGGGAGGCCCCCUUCCAGUGCUCCCCCAACGAGUUGUAGGAAUUGGCGGUACAGCCGGGAUGGUGCACCCUUCAACUGGGUAUAUGGUGGCAAGGACUUUAGCUGCAGCUCCAAUUGUUGCCAAUGCAAUAGUUCGGUACCUUGGUUCUGACGGAAGCUUUUUGGGAAAUGAAUUAUCUGCAGAAGUUUGGAAAGAUUUGUGGCCCAUUGAAAGAAGACGGCAAAGGGAAUUCUUUUGUUUUGGUAUGGAUAUCCUGCUUAAGCUUGAUUUACAAGGCACAAUAAGGUUUUUUGAUGCAUUUUUUGAUCUAGAACCUCAUUAUUGGCAUGGCUUCUUAUCAUCUCGGCUAUUUCUUCCUGAGCUUAUACUUUUUGGGCUUUCUCUUUUCUCUCACGCCUCUAAUACUUCCAGAAUAGAGAUUAUGGCAAAGGGCACUCUUCCUUUGGUGAACAUGAUCAACAACUUAGUACAGGAUAGGGAAUAGGAUAUCUGGGAUUUCUACUCAUUGUACUCUAAUGCAGACAUUCUUGUCGUUGAAAGCAACAAAUUGUACCUUUGAAAGGCAGUUGUUCUGUGUGUCUCAUUUCACUGCUGCGUUAUCUUCAAUAUGUUGCUGCCCUCACCGCCCCCAUCGCCACCACCAACAGUACGACUACACUCAUUGCCACAUACUCACCUUCUCCGCGGCUACCUAAAUAGCAUCAAACAAACCACAUGCCCCCAAGCAUGUCACCACUCUGCCACUACAGUCUUUUUUUUUUUUCGGUUAAACUGUUGCGUUUCAGAUGAUAAUUGUUAAUUAAAACAUGUGCCAGUUCUCUCUC